UCAAAACAAUGGCGGUAGACGGUUGGACCACAACAGAGCAGUGGAUCAGAGAAAAGCUCAAGCUUCAGCACAGCUGUUUAGCGGAUGUCCGAUCGUUGACUCUUCCAGGAACAUACGAAGGGAAAAUCUGUCAUUUAGGAACAUCGCUAAAGAACUUUGUGCGUCUGAAGUCACUGGAUCUUUCACAUAAUGCGCUGCUCACAGUUCAGGGGAUUGAGCAUUUGGAAAUGCUGGAGAGACUGAAUCUGUACUACAACAGGCUGGCGUCUCUGCAGGACAUCUUUUCCCUGCACAAGCUGCAGAAUCUGAAGGAACUGGACUUGAGGCUCAAUCCUGUGGUCAGGAAACACCCGCUCUACCGUUUGUACCUGGUCCACGCAAUGACCAAACUCCGCAAGCUUGGUGCGUCAUCCGUCUACUCUCUCUCUCGCUCUCUCUCUCUCUCUCUCGCUCUCGCUAUAUAUACACACCUUGCUACUGAGUUAGGCUAACCGAGACUUGUCAUUUGCACUUAUAUAUUAAGUAGUGAGCUCCGAAUCAAAGCCAUGCAGAAGAUGAUGAAGACGCUCUCGCUUCUCGAGGAGAACGAGGAAGCUGCGCUUAAUGAUGUUUCUAGAAAGAGAGCUGAAACUCUCUCCGUCCGCUUUGAGAACGAGCGCAGCCCUCGUCUGUUCCAGGAAAAUCCUUCCGAAUCAGAUAUCAUACAUUUGAUCAAUGGACCUGAGUGCGAAAGGUCGCCAAAACAAAACAAGGAGUCUGUUCCCAAGAGCUUGGAAUAUAAAAAAGAGGCUCCUGCUGGUUCUCAGCGAGUGACGUUUGAGAGCCGGAGUCUGACUCACGCUACGGUUCGAGGAGAGAGCGUCUUUACACCUCAUCCUACAGAAAUGCGGUCCGAUUCGCACGCCCUUAAAUGGCAAAACCAGCUUCAGGACAGAGCAAAUCCAGUCCUGCAUCCUCCCAGAUUAACCUACCAGAUCACAGGAGCCUCGUCGGCAUCACAGAGAAAACGCAAACCACAAAAGGGUGCCUACAGGAAGCCCAUGGAGCUGCUCCUCAGCAUGAUGGAGGAGCUCUGGUCGGGGAAGAAGGAGAAUCAACAAAACAGGACCUUCCUCAUGAAGAUGGUCCAGAUCCUCAGCAUGAUGGAGCAGGAUGUUGUGGCAGGAGAACAGCAGAUACAAACUCUGCAAGAGAUGCUCAAAGCCUUGAAAACACGGACUGAGUUACAGGAAAAACAGCAUCGGUCUGAGACUGAAGAUCUCAAACUCCAGCUCCAGCAGGCGCAAGAGUCCAUCCAAACCCUUAAUGAACAGAUGAAGAAUGUGCUGGAGGAGAACGUGUCUUUACAGAAACAGCUGAUCAAAGCAGAAAACAAGCUGCUGUCGUCUCGGCUGAAGAAGAUGCCAGACAUGCAGGACAGAGAACAGCAGACGGUCCCUGAAGUGUUAAAUGUGAAAAGGCACACAAUUCAGGAGGGAAACGGAGCGAAUGAGCUGCAGGAGAGCUACAGGUCUUUGAUUACCAGAAAUGAGCGUUUGCUGCAGCAGCUGGAAGAGGCUCUGAUGAACUGACUGCUGCAAAUGAAGAGCGUUCCUCCAAUAGACAUCUAGGUUUCAUUUAUUAUAAAUCUGGAAUAUAAAGUUACACCUCGUAUGUAAAUGCCUUUUGUUUUAUAUACACUCUCUAAAGCAGUAUGGCUUCUGUUUAUGUCACACAUGCAUAUCUUGGAAGUUGUGCAAAUUUGCUUGCUAGGUUUGUUCAACCGGAGUACUUUUCUAUUCAGACGGACCUUAAACAGGAUUUCUGUGCAUCUUAAGAAGUCUUAAUUUGCCCUUCCACAAUUAAGGCCCUAAAAAGUCUUAAAUCAGGGCAGAAAGU